AUGGAACUAAGUAACAGAUAUCAUAUUGUUGACCAUCCAUUAAUUGAUGAUCCCAUGUUGGAUGAGGGAUAUACAAGGUAAGAGAGAGAGUUAAUCAAUACUUAGGAAGUUUGGAGCAUAUAAACCAAAGUUCCAAGGAUCCCUCCCAGGAUAUUAUCCCUUCGAGCUCAAGGAUUAUUUAUACGUGAUCCUAUUCACCCUGGUAACUGCUGGAGUAUGCCUCCCAAUUUGGUAUGGACUCGUUGAAGGAGGUAAUGUGAUUAGUUCUAUAAAUAGCCAAGGCCAAUUCCAAGCAAUUUAGCAUAAUAAGUGCUGUGAUUUUUUUCGGCUUUUACUUUGUGUAAGCCUUGGCCACCUAUUAUGGAGGAAGGUUGAAGAAGGUUGUUGAGAAUAAGAUGAUUUAAGAGAAGUUGAUAGAAAUGGAGAAAAAGGAAGCUGAAAAAUAAAAACUAUUGGCAGCCAUUUGA